UUGCAAGGAUUUGUUGUGGCUUGGUCCGGAAGUAAAAAGAACGCGUGUGUUCGACUAAUCAAGCACUUCUCAAAGAUAAAAGAAGAGGACUGGAAAAAGGAAGUGGAGUUAGCAAAAGAGCUUAGGCAGGAACUGGAGCAUCCCAAUAUAAUCAAAUACUGCUGGCACUCUGCAAGUACGUAGAUAACAGAUAGUUUCCCUUAUUUCACUGUUGAAUAAAUCACGACGUAAGAAAAUGUAUUAUCGAAAGCAUUUUAGUUAGUAUGCGGCUUGAAUUCCUAACUUAACGCCAGGUCCGUAGGGAAGGGAGGGGAUGCGACGGGUGUGCUCGCCCAUCCCCCCCCUUCCCCCUCACAGGCCCCAGAGGUCAACUUUUUUGUUUACCAACGAUUUAAGACAAAGUGAACUAAUAGUAUUUUUCAAUUCUAAUUCACUGAUUGUGGAGUAAAAUUGAAAAUAGGGUGAAGAGUUGACUUCGUGUAAGAGUAUGAAAAAGGGGAUUUGGUAUGCCUACAAGGCAUUUACACCCCUUGCUAAUUCGUCGCUUGCUCUUUCAUUUUGUCGGGUAAGGUCUGUUUUGAAGGAUUCGUGGUGCGGAUUGAGCAAAUGUUUGCUUGCCGCUUUUUUUUCACUGGGAGGUUAUGUGGUCUUUUAUAUUACUGUACAGUGGUUUCCUGUGGUUUCCUAUCUUUACUCUAUCAGAAAUGGACCUCUGAUCGCUAGCUGAAGAUGUUGAUGAUUCUUAUUUUUGGGUUGCCAACCUUUAGGGUUUGUUUCCAUAGUUUCCUUGGAUCUGAUUUAUAUUAUUUUAAGAGUGAGUAAGACGUUUCCUGGUAUUAUUUUGACAGAUACAAGAGCCUGCUCUUUAGCGUUGCUCGCGGGAUAUUGAAGCUCCUAUUAAAGCUGUCCUACUCUUAUAAAAAAAAUUGCCCUGUCAUUCGGUCAACGGCGUUGCUUGCAUCAUUCAACUCCGAGCCCUUUCAUAUUAGAAUAAUGCAAUCCUGGAACAAUGUCAUUUGAAAGGUUCGGCCUAAUAGCAAUACUAUAAAGGUUGCUUUGAUGUGGAUUAAACUCUUAUGCAUAGCUUAGCAUAGCUCUUAUUACUACUACAUAGCUGUAAUUCCAUCAGCUGAUUGUCAGAAAGAAAAGACUAUUCAUCAUUUUAAGGUUUCUUUUACUUUUUGCAGCCGAAAAGUGUGUUGUUAACUACAAGAAAGCAGGAUUUCCAAGAUUCAAGAAAAGUUCAUUGUAAUUAAAACCAUCCUUUCCUUUUAGCCUAGUCAGAUUUAGUCAGAUUUUUUAACCGAUGAACUGUAUAGAUGUGAUUUGUACGUGUAAAUGGCUGUAUUGUUUACGGGAUUGUUAGAUAUUUUUAUAAACAGCUUCAAGUGGUGGUCUUAAACAAAACUUCGACUUUUGUUUGUCUAUCUUUGAUUUGUUCAUUUAUUUGAGGUUUUUAAGUAAAAUUAGACUGCUAUUUUUUUUUCAUUUCUCAAUGGUUAUUUUUACGGUUCAUUGACAUAAGAAGAAACUAAAAGUCUUAAGCUUAUAACUGUCUGCUGUGUGUGUCUUCUGAAAUACCCAGCUUCCAAAAAUAUAUGAGUCAACCAAAACGUUUUUAGUACCCCAUUCUUCUUUUUUUUCUUCUUUUCCCUCCUGUUUCUCCAAUUCAUAGUUUGCUGUGUUACGACUUUUCUGCAAACACGACUUUGGAGGAGUAUUUCAAAAGUAACAGGAUUAUUUUUAAUCUGGACUCCCUUAUCGCUGUGGCUAUUGACUUGAUCUCCGCUAUACAGCACUUGGAACAGAAAGGCGUGGUCCAUAACAACAUAACAACCUCCAGUGUAUUGAUUGGCAGAGGAUUCAGGGUAAUUUUAAAGCAUUAGUGUAGGGCGUCCUUGUUUUGCUUUAUCGCCUUAUGUAUGCGUCAUGCAUGCGCUUGCGCGCUAGGUUUUGUAAGUAAUCAACCACGCGUUCCGACUCAAGAGCCCGGAAAGGCUUAAGUUUGUACUUUGCUUCGCGCUUUUUCCCAAUUUUUCUGCAUACCAACCUUCGUAAUAUGUUAUCCAGGUUGACAGAUUCCUUUAGAGGUUCCUUCAGAGAUCAGUUAAGCAUGUGGAAAGUGUUUUAUCUGUUCGAGCCAAAUGGCGCAAUUAAGAUACCUUAAAAUAUCAUAAACUCCUUAAGUCAUUAAUUUGUUUAUUUACUAAGAUUUUAGUAUCUAGUAUCUUUUUGUUGAUUUUAUGACUUUUCCAACAUGACAGACAUAACAUUAAAACAUAAUGACAAAAUUUGCAAGCUGUGACGCAAUCAAGUCACGUGUCCAAACGUAUCUAAGGUCCAGGAGACGGAGCCGAGGAAUUUUCAUCAAAAUACAUACGGACAGUGUUAAAGGAAACCUCAAAUACUUUAUAUCUUUCCAUUUUGCUUAGAGCUCUAGAAACGAUCUUUUUACUUUCUGCUAGGUGCCUCCAAUAACUGCUUUCUUGGGAAGUUUUGGCUUCGCUCAGCGGGUUUCUCAGGAUUUUCCUGAAUGUAUUUUAAACGGUCACUCGGUGAAGGACAUUUUAGGAAAGAAUAUACUUCAGUUCGGUUUCGUUCUGAGUGAACUGAUGAAGAAUUGCCGCGACUCUAAUGAAUUUGAGGAGGUAAUU